UUCCUACCAACUUCCUGUAACUCUACACCACUGGGUAAAAAUAUUAGUGGUCAUACACUGCUAAAGAAAGCACAGACCCAGAUUCAGCCAGGGCAGCCGGGGGAAUCUGUAGGAAGAACUGCUGUUGAAUUAAUUUGCCAUGGAAGGGUAGAAUUCAGACAAGGCUUCCAGUGUUGGUCCACUGCAGCUGAGUUGAGCUUUAAAGGUCGCUUGGCACUAAGUGUUUUGUGAGUGAAUGUGCUCUUCACAACAAGCAGCCCUGGGCAGGUCAGAGACGGUAGUGUGGCAGGAAUGACUUGCUAAAUUCAGAAGGCACUCUGUCUAACAGCUACCUGCAUUUCUGUGGUCUUCAUCUGUUAUACUGAAGAUUAACUGGCAAGUGAUUGCGGGCAGCUGCUUUCCACUUAAGAAGAAAAAACUCUCUGACCUUUAUCUUUGGAAAUGAGGACAAAUGGCAAGGCAGUUGAGGCUGCAUUUUGCGGCUGAAAGGAGUCACACGGAUCCGUUAUUAGAGACCCUUGGAGAUGGCUGGUAUAAAGAAGAUACUUGCAUGUACACCCAAAGUCCUGAGUCGAAAGCUGCCCCUUACGUUGUUGAAAUGAAGCGGAAUCCCAAGCAAAUGCAGGAAGAAAACAAACUGCCAGUUUCUUCCCGAAAACCCAAGCGGAGUGCUUCGCUGAAGAUUUCCUUGCAGACUUCUAGAAGCAACGGAUGUUUGCAGCCCGUAGCCUUGGAAGACCAUACUUCCCUGGUCAGCCUAAGGAAGAAAGGGGACUGUUGUAACAGGAAUGCGACUGUCAGUCAGUCUCACCAGCUAACAAAUGGCAGCGGUCUGGCUGAUACUGCAGCGUUUGGUGGGGUUCCCAGCAGUUUCUCAGCCAGUGACAAAGGAGCCUACAGCAGCGCAGGGAGUGACUAUGGGUCGUGCACAAGUACCACAAGUGAUGGCGGGUCCUAUAGCAGUAGCAUCAUCAGUGACAGCAGUAGCUGCCCCUUUUCUACUGGAGAUGCCUGUAUUUUUUCUGGUAACAUGGUCUGUGGCAGCUCUGCAGGUCGAAGCACCAACCGCAAACCCUCUACCCCCCACUGGAGCAGCACUGCACAGAAUAGUGUAAGCAGAAAUAUUUUUGACCAAGAAGACCCAGAACAAGCUGUGAGGGCAACAAAGCUGCCCUCAGCAAGAGGGUCAAAUGUUUCCUUACGACGCUGCUCAUCUCUGGUCAUUUUCCCAAGGAGUCCUUCAGAUACCCCUCCAACGUCUCCAACGUCUCCUCUGCCAACUCGGCGACCCUCUCGAGUGUCUCAUAGUGAGCAGGUGCAAAGUGAAGACAAGGCCGUGUCCGGGGGGUCCCUCUCUACUGUAGUCAAUGGAUUUCGGCUUUCUAAAAGUUCUUGUUUUCCUAAUGAAAGUAGGGAUGUUAGGCAACUGCAUUUGAAUAGCUCACUGUGGGAGAGAACCUGCUGUGAGCAAGGCACCUGUGAGGAAAUACCAAAUGGAGGUUCUUGUAUUUCAUUUCACCUCUCCCAUGGAGGACGAGCACCGAAGGGUGACACUGUGUCCUCUUCCAGCGGACCCUCCAUAGCAGCCUACCCUAAUCGAAGAGUCAGACAUACAGCAUCUGCCUGUUUGCCCUCGAAUUUGGAGGAUCAUGCUAGCAUAGGAACUGAAGAAAAAUCAUCUGCAUGGAGGAGCAAGCCCCAUCAUGGCCUACAGAGGAGCCUCUCACUGGGAUCAUCUCAGCCUUCAUUUCUAUCCAGUUUUAAAUACAGUUCCAAGGCAGGAAUGUCACAUUUACACAUACAGUUUGGGUCCGAGAGAGAAGGGAAGCCUAGUGGAGUUCAAAGGAGUACUUUGAGGAAACCUCUUGAGACGAGAGAUGAUUUUCUUGGCCAAGUAGAUGUGCCUCUCUGUCAACUGCCGACAGAGAAUCCAACUACUGAGAGACCAUAUACGUUUAAGGAUUUUCUUCUUCAUCCAAGGAGCCAUAAAUCCAGAGUGAAGGGGCAUCUCAGGUUAAAAAUGACCUACAUACCUAAAAACAAUGGAUCUGAGGAAGACGGCACAGAACACGCAGAAGAGCUAGAGCCUGGCUGGAUUUUAUUGGACCAACCUGAUGCUGCUUGCCAGUUGCAGGAGCAAGAGUCUUCUCUACCCGCAGGCUGGGAAGAGAGGCAGGAUGUCCUUGGCAGGACCUACUUUGUCAACCAUGAAUCGAGAAGAACACAGUGGAAAAGACCAACUGCUCAGGACAACGGACCCGAUGGAGAGACUGGCAACAUUCAGCUGGAAGUGCAACAUGCCUUUGCUCGCCGGCAUCAAAUAACCGAGGAGGCGGAGAAUCUGGACCACAGAGAAUCUCCUGAGAGUUGGGAGAUCAUCACAGAAGAUGAAGCAACUAUGUACAGCAACCAGACUCCCCAAGCCACUGUGCAACACAAUUCUGAGGCAGAGAACGGCCUUACAGAAGAACUGAGCACAGAGCUUACGACCUCUGGGAGUUCCACUGCUGCCCAAGCAGCUUCCUGCACUAACGAUUUAAGCAGAAGAAGUAACCCGCAGACGUACCAAGCUGAAGAACAACCAGCACUUCCUGUUAUACUGCCUACUUCAUCUGGACUGCCUCCAGGCUGGGAAGUAAGGAAAGAUGACAAAGGAAGGCCGUAUUAUAUAGACCACAAUUCCCAGACUACCACCUGGAAGAAGCCAGCUGUACAGCAGAUCGGGGUGGAUGUGGGUCAGCAGGCCACAGCUCCACAUUGUUCCUCCAGACAACAGUCGGCAUCAGAUGACUCACCGCAGCAGCCUUCGUUCCAGAAAGCCCCAGAAGCUGAUCUAGGACUUCUCCCAAAAGGCUGGGAAGUUCGUAACGCUCCAAAUGGGAGGCCUUUCUUCAUUGACCACAAUACCAAAACAACAACGUGGGAUGACCCCAGAUUCAGAAUUCCUGCUCAUAUGAGAAGAAGGACCUCUUUGGACCCUGCAGACCUUAGCCCUUUACCACCUGGCUGGGAAGAACGAAUACAUACAGAUGGAAGAACAUUCUACAUAAACCACAAUACCAAGAAAACUCAGUGGGAAGACCCUCGCUUGCAGAAUGCCGCAAUAGCUGGACCAGCUGUGCCUUAUUCCAGAGACUAUAAAAGAAAGUAUGAAUUCUUCAGAAAGAAGUUAAAAAAGCAAAGUGAUAUUCCAAGUAAGUUUGAAAUGAAACUUCACCGUGCCACAAUCUUUGAAGACUCCUACAGAAGAAUUAGUGCUGUAAAGAAGCCAGAGUAUCUCAAAGCCAGGCUUUGGAUUGAAUUUGAUGGUGAAAAGGGUUUGGACUAUGGAGGGGUUGCCAGGGAGUGGUUCUUCUUCAUCUCCAAGGAAAUGUUUAACCCAUACUACGGAUUGUUUGAAUAUUCCGCCACGGAUAACUAUACUCUCCAGAUCAAUCCAAACUCCGGCAUGUGCAAUGAAGACCACCUUUCAUACUUCAAGUUCAUCGGCCGUGUGGCAGGGAUGGCCGUCUACCAUGGGAAGCUCUUAGAUGGUUUCUUUAUUCGCCCUUUUUACAAAAUGAUGCUUCAAAAGCCAAUAAUUCUUCAUGAUAUGGAAUCUGUGGACAGUGAAUACUACAGUUCUCUGAGGUGGAUUCUUGAAAAUGAUCCCAAGGAACUGGACCUCCGGUUCACAGUUGAUGAAGAACUUUUUGGGCAGACUCAUCAACAUGAAUUGAAAACUGGAGGGUCAGAUGUGGUGGUCACAAAUAAGAACAAGCAAGAGUAUAUUUAUCUUGUAAUACAGUGGAGAUUUGUGAACAGGAUCAGGAAACAAAUGGCUGCCUUCAAAGAGGGUUUUUUCGAACUAAUACCACAAGAUCUCAUCACAAUCUUUGAUGAAAAUGAAUUAGAGUUACUGAUGUGUGGCCUGGGAGAUGUAGAUGUGAAUGACUGGAGGGAACACACAAAGUACAAAAACGGCUACAGUGCAAAUCACAUAGUUAUUCAAUGGUUCUGGAAGGCUGUGCUGCUGAUGGACUCUGAAAAAAGAAUCCGACUCCUUCAGUUUGUGACGGGCACAUCCCGCGUACCUAUGAAUGGAUUUGCUGAACUAUACGGUUCAAAUGGACCACAGUUGUUCACCAUUGAGUACUGGGGCAGCCCUGACAAACUGCCGAGAGCUCAUACUUGUUUUAACCGCUUAGAUUUGCCUCCAUAUGAAUCUUUUGAAGACUUGUGGGACAAGCUUCACUUUGCAAUUGAAAAUGCUCAGGGGUUUGAUGGCGUUGACUGAGCCCCAGGAGAGGAGGGUGACAAUGCUGUACUUCUUUUCUGUGCUGCAAUUUGAGAGUUUACAAGUAAAACAAAUAUUCCAGGGACUCUGUUGCUGCAUUUAAAUGGCAACUGAAUCUUUAUGGUAUCCUUUUUUAAAAAAAAAAAAGUGUUAAUUUCAGUUAUAGCUAAUUGUAUUUUGCAUUUCAAACUCUUGCCUGUUGGAUUAGCGGGUGCGCAUGAACACUGACGAGGCUGGCAUGAAUGAGCCUUGCAUUACCUCUUACAAGAAUUUGCCACCUUGGCAAUCUUAACUACUGAAAGCGUAAGCUGUGAAAAGCCCAGUGAGUCUGUCUUCCAUCCAUCCGUCGGUCCACGUUGCAGUCUCUCUCCAGAGGUGGCCAGACAGCCCACGGAUUCUGCUCUUGGGUUGCAAAGCACUUCUUCAGACUUUCCAAAGCACCUUAACUAUAUAUUUGGGUAACCUUAAAAUCUUUCCACCUGUGCGCAGUAAACUGGCUCUGUGCUCAUUGCUGCAGGCACUGAGCUGGUAGGGCUUGUGCCAGGGUGCUGGAUGGCAGCUUCCCUGUCCAGCUUUGUUUGCUCUGAGCAGUGAGGAGCAGUGCGAGGGGACUGGCAGCUGCUUCACUGGGCAUUGCACAGGAGGAAACUUCUUCCCAGUCGAUUGUGCCCAGUUGUUUCCUUUUUUAGUAUUCCCAGUUCUAUUUCUAAACUUUUUAACUUUUGAGAUUAAAAAGUAGCAUGGACUUAAAUGAGAUUAUUUUAAAACCUGUUUGGAUUUAUAUGCUAGUGUAUUUUUGGUAAAUCAUAUUUUGAUAAAUUGUCUAACAAAUAAUAUUUUCAGCUUUGCUUUUUUGAACUCAAGACAGUCUUUUUUUGUUUUUGAAUACUACAGUGUUAAGUCAUAGCAAAAUGCCUUUUCAUAUUCAUUCUUGCAGUAUUGCACCACAAAAAAUAAAAUGCAGACAUGUUUACAGGGUUUUGCGGGCCAAAUUCAGCCAUCUGAUCUGUGCAAACGUGAGUGACGCUUCUCAGAAUAAGCACCCAGGGCAGAAUUUGGCCCUGAAAUUAGUUUAGAUGUUACAGGACUCCCCUUCCAUCCCUAUUCCAACUGCAUUUUUAUAUUUUGUCAAUGUUUAGUCUAGAACCCAAAUAAAAAUACAGUAUAACCAAAGUUAUAGUAUAUAAUGUGCAAUUCAGCAUGAACCAUUUUGUACAUUUGUUCAAUAAGAAAUAAGGAUAUUUUAGUAUGAGCGUCAGGGCUGGUAUUUUGGUCAAUACUGGUUUAAAAUCAUGUUUUGAGAAGUGGAAGUUUACACAACAGUCUUUGGUUUUGGUUGACUCUUGAACCCUUUUGUUAUGCACGUACCUGGAGCAGUUCCCCAAGUGCCACAAUCCUGACCCAGUUGGAAGGGGCCCAUGCCUGACCCAUUGGAAAGGUCACUGGGCUGCCGCAACACUUGGUGAACUGCACCAAAGAUGUGGAGAAACGGCAGGUUCACCCCUGUGGCCAGUUGCCAUCUCAUAUGCACAUUGUCGAAGACCUGCAAUUCCCCCUAACAAAUGGGCCUUAAGGUGUCUUUCAAAUCCUUUUUGGACGGGGUCUAAUGCAUUCAAGAGUAUUACAAGUAAAUAAAAAUGACUAUUCAAUCUACAUACUUUGGGGCGGGGGCGGUUGUGUGUGUAAAAUUUGGAAUAACCUGUCUGUAUAAAUUUGAAUGUAACAGAGUACUUUAGUCUAACAAAUGAUCAGCCUGAAGAACCUGAAACAGUAAAUAAAAUCUAUUCUGAUAA